AUGGCCUCGGUAUCUUCCAAAUAUAUCAGCGUCGGUGGAAACCGACAUCCACAAGCCGCUGAUUGGGAUGUUCAAUCGGGCAUACUUGCCUUCGGAGCGGAUAACAAUGUCGCCUUGUGGGAUCCUCUGGAUAAAACCCACCGGGGCGUGCAUGCACUUCUUGUAGGACACUCAGAUAAAGUCAGCGCUGUCAAGUUUUUCACAUGCCCUUCCACAUCCGCGAAACUGCUCGUUACCGGGUCCGUCGAUCGAACAAUCAGAGUCUGGCAACAACAUCCCACCGAACCGAACAAUUACACUCAAGCUGCUGUCCUUGAGGGCCAUACUGGGUCUAUCAAUGCCGUAGCUGUCGCCGAUGGGACCAACAUUAUCGCUUCUGGGGCCGCCGAUGGGACCGUUCGAAUUUGGCGAAUUAGCACAGAGGGUGGCAUCACGGGCAGUUUGGUUGAUACUUUGACUAUGAGUCCUCGAUUCUUCCCGCUUUCUUUGUCUCUGCAAGCUCUAGAAGGUAACACUUGCCCGUUAGUGUUAGCCGUCGCAGGCACUACGACAAAGAUCCACAUUUAUUCUGCAGAGGAUUCCCAUGGCGAGCCUAGUUUCCACAGAUGUGCCACUCUCGCAGGCCACGAGGCAUGGGUCAGGUCUCUGUCAUUCACGCAGAAUAAGAACAAUAACACCGAUGAUAUAUUGCUUGCAUCAGCCAGUCAAGAUAGAUAUAUCCGUCUUUGGAGGUUGCGGCAAGGUGAAGCAAGUGUUCCCGCGCCUAUAGACGACGCGGAUCCCUUGUUAGGUGGUAUGGAGCCUACGCUGUCGAACAAAACUCAUCAAUUCAAGGCGGCAGACCAGGAAUACUCCAUUACCUUUGAGGCUCUUCUCUUUGGCAACGAGGAUUGGAUUUAUACUACGGCCUGGAACCCGGAUCCAAACCGACCCCAGCUUCUGUCGGCAUCGGCUGAUAACACUGUCACUAUCUGGGAGCAAGACCCUGUGUCGGGAGUCUGGAUGUCGAUAGAGAGAAUGGGAGAAAUCAGUGUACAAAAGGGAUCAACCACUGCUACUGGAAGUGCUGGCGGUUUCUGGAUUGGGCUCUGGUCGCCAGAUGGUAAAACCGUGGUCAGCUUGGGUCGCACGGGUAGUUGGCGGAUGUGGCAGCUUGAUGCCGAAGCAGAUGUUUGGGUACAAAAGUUCGGCAUUUCCGGCCAUGUGCGGUCUGCCAAUGGUGUACAGUGGGAACCAAGUGGUGGAUAUCUCCUCUCAACUAGUGCUGAUCAAACUACUCGUCUCCAUGCUGAGUGGCUGAGGGAGAACAAGCGAUCUUGGCAUGAGUUCUCUCGCCCCCAGAUUCAUGGAUACGAUCUCAAUUGCAUCGAUACUAUUGGUCCUUUGCAGUUUGUAUCUGGUGCAGAUGAAAAGCUUCUGAGAGUAUUUAACGAGCCCAAGCAGAUCGCAGAUCUACUUUGUAAAUUGACUGGAUCUCAACAAACCAUCGAGGGUGAGCUUCCAGAUACAGCCGAAAUUCCCGUUUUAGGCCUAUCCAACAAAGCGCAAGGAGAUGAGGCGCCAGUCGAGGAUGAUGAGGACGAGUCUGGGGCUCCAGCUUCUGCUCCUGUCGUUUCACUCAGCACAGACUCGCCGCCGCUAGAAGACCAGUUAGCCCGAUACACAUUAUGGCCAGAGCACGAGAAGCUCUACGGCCAUGGAUAUGAAAUUUCGGCAGUUGCUGUCAGUCAUGAUCGUAAACUCAUUGCCACGGCUUGCAAAGCUAGCUCUGUUGAUCAUGCAGUAAUCCGACUCUACGACACUUCGGAUUGGCAUGAGAUUAAGCCUUCUCUACCAGCGCACUCUUUGACCAUCACCGAUCUCUCAUUUUCCGACGACGACCAAUAUCUUCUUAGUGUGGGAAGAGAUCGACAGUGGGCCGUCUUCUCUCGAAGCAAGGAAGAUCCCACCAUUUUCACCAAGUAUAUGAUAAACCCCAAGGGCCACUCUCGAAUGAUCCUGGGAGCUGCCUGGGCACCAAAAAUCACAGACGACGUCUUUGCAACAGCUGGGCGUGACAAAUCUGUCAAAAUUUGGCAAAGGGAUGACAAUUCUUUCGUUUGCAAGACCACCAUUUCUUUGACAUCAGCUGUUUCAGCGAUAGCCUUCUUGUCUGUUCCUUACAAAAAUUCAUUCAUCCUUGCAGCGGGAGAGGAUAGUGGUGCUAUCUCCAUCCACCGAAUCACCGCCGACACCCUCGAAGCGCAACUACUUGUCACCAUUGAUCCGACUAUGGCUCCCUCCAGGGCAAUCACACAAUUGUCAUGGCGACCUGUGUCUACUUCCACGACAGAUGAGGAUGCUUUGUUCGACCUUGCAGUGGCCAGUGAAGAUAACUCUACCAGGAUAUAUGCUAUCUCGAACAUUGUAACAUGA